GAACAACUUAAACUGUAAAGAAGAGGUGUAUAGUCCCGCAGGAUCGAUGACGCCAAAAAUCAAAAAUUAAUAGAUUUAACAGGUUCAUACUUGACAACUUAUAGAAUCUGAAACAUUAUAAAAGAAAUAGCAAGUUUUAAUGUUCUUAUUGAUUGCGCUCUAACGUGGCUCAUUUCCCCAAUGAGUGACGCGAAGAAAGUUACAGGCGGAAGGUUAAGGGCGCUAUUCAAUGUAGGUACGUAAAGAAACAAGCGACCAGCAUGUGGGAUACGCACAUUGAACGCCACGGAUGUAAACAAAACCUCCACAAAGCCAGGUAGCCACAGAACAAUGUCAAUCUUGCGUAAGAGGAAUGUUAAAUUCAAUGAAGAGGAGAAAAAGAGUAAACCUUCUAUCAUUAAGAAGGUUCAGUUUGCUUUGGGAUCGGUUAUUUUCAAGAGGAGAGAAAAUUCCAAUAUUUUACGAAUUGAGCAGAUGUCUGUGAUCCCAUACAUCAUUGCUUUUGUAGUUUUUUUGGCAAUGUCUCGGUACCUUGUUGAAUACAUCCAUCAUAUCAGUGAUGAUGGUGUCAUAGCCAGUCAGGAAGAUCAGUAUACACGUUUAUUUGUUGAAGUACCAUGCUCCAACGAUUAUGACAAGCAAUUUAAACAGUGUACUCCAAAGAAAUGUGGCAGAGUUAUUAGAGAUAAUUUAUUUGAAAAAGACCAACUUGAACACAUGAAAAGUAUAGCAAAAAAGGGAAUGAAAUAUGGUGGAGGAAGUGGUGGUGCUACCAUACUUGACCUUCACAGUGGUGCAUUAAGCUAUAAGGAUAAAUUUGCAAAUUUAUAUAAAAUGGAAAAAAAUGUAUUUUCCGAGAGAGACUUUAAAAUUUAUGCAAACGUUAAAAACAGGAUUUUGGAGACAAUAGCAGACGAGUUUGAUAUAAAAAGGGAAAGGUUAUAUUUAACAAAACCGACAUUUUUUUCAAGAAUUGAUAACAGGCCUGCUGUUGCAUUGCAUGAUGAGUAUUGGCAUCCUCACGUUGAUCGCGAAACCUAUGGUACCUUUUACUACACUGCAUUGUUAUACCUAAGUGAUUACGAUGUUGAUUUUACUGGUGGAAGAUUUUUAUUUACCGAUAAACAUGUAAACAAAAGUGUGGAACCAAGAUUUGGUAGAUUAUCAUUUUUUACCUCUGGGUCAGAAAACCAACACUUUGUUGAAAAAGUUAGGAGCGGAACUCGAUAUGCUGUUACUGUGUCAUUUACAUGUGAUAAAAAACAUGGAAUAGCAGAUCCAAGUAGCCUGUGAAACUAAAGGAUUGUAGUACAGACAGAGUUCAUUUUAUUUAUUUUUACAAUAUUUACCACUUACAUGGAUUCUAUUUAUUAUAAAUCUUUCAAAAGUUUAGGUAUUGAAUAUCAUGCUGUGUAAUAAAAGCAAAAUUUAACAUUGCAGAAUAAUAAAAUAAUCUCUCUAUUAAACAAAACCUCUGAUAAUGUUAUUAAAAAACGAAAGAAGGGAUUGUUGACAGUUUUAAACAUUGCUACAUUUUUUUACACAUGAUGACUUUCUCAAUUUUCUAGCAAGUAUCUUAUUUCCUUUUAAACCUUCAUUCAUGCUCAAUUAUUAGUAACAGGAUUUGCAUGUUAUUGGUAGUGGGAUACUUUUCUCAGUAUGUGACCAUUGUAACUUUGUUUGGACGACAUCCAUUUUUAUUCAAAUAUAUUAUUGAGUCUUCAAAAUGGUUUUGUUCGCCAUGUUUAAUUUCCAAAACUUCGUAGCAACACAAGAUUGCAAAGUAUUUUCAUAAAAAUUACGACACGUUUUAUUUUUAACAUGUUUCGACUUUACCAAAGUCAUCUUCAGAAUAUUAUACAAAAGUUGAUGCAUACACUCAUUAUACAAAAAAUUUUUCGAAAGUUAUUUAAAUAUUUCCCAAAAGUACAAUUUUAUAUG